AUGGGCAACGCCGACUCCAAGCUCAACUUCAGGAAGGCGGUGAUCCAGCUCACCACCAAGACCCAGCCUGUGGAGGCAACGGAUGAUGCCUUCUGGGACCAGUUCUGGGCAGACACUGCAACUUCGGUGCAGGAUGUCUUUGCCCUUGUGCCAGCUGCAGAAAUCCGAGCAGUGAGGGAAGAAUCUCCUUCUAACUUGGCCACUCUGUGUUAUAAGGCCGUAGAGAAGCUGGUUCAGGGAGCGGAGAGCGGCUGCCACUCGGAGAAGGAGAAGCAAAUCAUCCUGAACUGCAGCCGGCUCCUCACCCGCAUCCUGCCCUAUAUCUUCGAGGAUCCUGACUGGAGAGGCUUCUUCUGGUCCACUGUCCCUGGGGCCGGCCGUGGAGGGGGUGAUGAAGAGGAUGAAAAUGCCCGGCCCUUGGCUGAGUCAUUGCUCCUGGCAAUUGCAGAUCUGCUCUUCUGUCCAGAUUUCACUGUCCAGAGCCACCGGAAGAGCACUGUGGACACGGCGGAGGAUAUCCACUCUAUUGACAGCUGUGAGUACAUCUGGGAGGCUGGGGUGGGCUUUGCUCACUCCCCCCAGCCCAACUACAACCAUGAUUUAAACCGGACAGAGCUGCUGAAACUCCUGCUGACGUGUUUCUCGGAGGCCAUGUACCUCCCCCCCUCCUCGGACAGCAGCAAUGCCAAUCCCUGGGUGCAGUUCUUUUGCUCCACAGAGAACAGGCAUGCAUUGCCGCUCUUCACCUCGCUCUUGAAUAUCGUCUGUGCCUACGACCCAGUGGGUUACGGGAUCCCCUACAACCACCUGCUCUUCUCCGACUACCGGGAGCCCCUCGUGGAGGAGGCGGCCCAGGUGCUGAUCGUCACUUUGGACUACGACACCUCCACCAGCUCAAGCCCCACAGUGGAUGGCACCACUACCGGCACCGUCAUGGAUGAUGUCGAUCCUCCAGGGCCAGACAACCUGUUUGUGAAUUAUUUGUCUAGGAUACACAGAGAGGAGGACUUCCAGUUCAUCCUCAAAGGAGUGGCACGUCUGCUUUCGAACCCACUGGUCCAGACCUACCUGCCAAACUCAGCCAAGAAGAUCCAAUUCCAUCAGGAGCUCCUUGUUCUCUUCUGGAAACUCUGCGACUUUAAUAAGAAAUUCCUCUUCUUCGUGCUGAAGAGCAGCGAUGUGCUUGACAUCCUGGUUCCGAUCCUCUACUUUCUCAACGAUGCCAGAGCAGAUCAAUCUCGAGUGGGAUUAAUGCACAUCGGCGUCUUCAUUCUAUUGCUGCUCAGUGGGGAACGUAACUUUGGUGUCCGCCUGAACAAGCCGUACUCUGUGCGAGUGCCCAUGGACAUCCCCGUCUUCACAGGGACGCACGCGGAUCUUCUCAUCAUAGUCUUUCACAAGAUCAUAACCAGCGGGCACCAGCGACUGCAGCCCCUCUUCGACUGCCUGCUCACCAUCAUCGUGAAUGUGUCUCCCUACCUGAAAUCUCUUUCCAUGGUUGCUGCCAACAAGCUGCUGCACCUCCUGGAGGCCUUUUCCACCACCUGGUUCCUCUUCUCCACGGUCCAGAACCACCAUCUCAUCUUCUUCCUGCUGGAGGUUUUCAAUAACAUCAUCCAGUACCAGUUUGAUGGGAACUCCAACUUGGUCUACGCCAUCAUCCGCAAGCGGAACGUGUUUCACCAGCUGGCCAACUUGCCCACGGAUGCUCAGUCCAUCCAGAAAGCUCUGCAGCGCAAGAAGAAGACUCCAGAGCCCAUUUCUCGCACCAACUCCCAAGAUGGGCUGUCCAUGGAAGGGUCCCGCCCUGCUGCUCCUGCUGAGCCAGGGACACUGAAGACUAGUCUGGUGGCAACUCCAGGCAUUGACAAGCUGACAGAGAAAUCGCAGGUAUCGGAAGACGGGACCAUGCGCUCCUUAGAGCCAGAGUCUUCACAGUCUCCUUCGGAGGGUAGCCCAGCUGCGGGGGAGGCAUUGCAGCCCAAACGGGAUCGAAGGCGUCUGUCCAGUGCAUCCUUGAGCGGGCAGUGGACGCCGACUUCUGACUGGGUGCUGUCUUGGAAAUCGAAGCUGCCUCUGCAGACAAUCAUGCGGCUCUUACAGGUGCUGGUUCCCCAGGUGGAGAAGAUCUGCAUUGAUAAGGGCCUCACAGAUGAAUCUGAAAUCCUCAAGUUCUUGCAGCAUGGCACUCUAGUGGGACUGUUACCUGUCCCUCACCCCAUCCUGAUCCGCAAGUACCAGGCUAACUCGGGCACUGCCAUGUGGUUCCGAACCUACAUGUGGGGAGUUAUUUAUUUAAGGAAUGUGGAUCCCCCCAUCUGGUAUGACACAGAUGUGAAGCUAUUUGAAAUUCAGCGAGUCUAA